AUGAACACAUAUCUGCAGCAAGAUCAAUAUGGAAUGAAGCGGCUUAGUUACAAUACAUACUUGUCGCGGUGUCUUACACCCUUGAGAAAGUGGUUCCUUAUUGCAGUUCUGAAGUUGGGCCUUGCGGCUUCUGUGAACAGCGCGCUGACUGGAUUUGCCUCUGUAGAUGUUAGGGAACGACGGCAGGAAGACGGGCUACGUCGUUUGCGAGCAGGAUGA